AUGAGUGAAUUCCAUAAUGUUGUUGAUGUAGAUGAACAUGGAAUCCUGAACAAUCUUUCAAAAGAUGAAGGGAUUGACAUGGUUGAUGAUGAGUUGGAAGUUAUUACCACUGAUGAUUAUCAAUUUGCAGGAUUUCAUGAAGAUGAUAGGAAGAGACUACUUAAAGAGUUGAGUAAGUCAAGUACAUGCUCACAUGGAGAGGUUCAUGUUAAACCAUUUCAGAUUGGUCAGGUCUUCAAAACCAAGCUUGAUGUUAAAAACUACAUGAACUCACAUGAUGUAGCAACCAGGAGGUCUUUAUACCAAGCCAAAAAUGACAAAAUCUGGAUUAGGGUGAAAUGUAAAGGUGUUGUAAGGUUACGAUCCGUCCAUGAAGUGAUCUCCAUUGCUUCAUUCCCACAUCUGCAAGUCACCAUCUUUGAAUCAGAAGCGAUUGGAUGUCGUGAAGGGUGCAACGGUCGAGCAACAGUGGAAAGUAGGAGAGAUGACGACUGA